AUGCCCAAAUCGGCGUCAGAGUCAAUACGAAUUGAUUCGACUCCAGGCAUAGACGGCUGCUACUUUUCAGUGUCUGGCGUCCGCUACGUUGCGCCAUGCUCGAAGAAGGACUCGAAGCUCCCGAAAAUGGUCGGAUUGAACCUGGCCACAGUAUUUCCUGUCCCGCCCGAGACGUCUACAGAAAUAUCCAUGGCAUGGAUGCGGAAGAUUCUCGAUGAAUAUAGGACAGACGAUGUGUUUAACCAAGCAUUUCUCGCCAACGUCGUGUUUGAACAUGGCAUGAAACAGUAUGCGUUUGGCUCGUCGUCGAAUUAUCUCCCUGGUCCGCAUGUGAUGGUCGAUCAGGAGCUUAGAGAGGUGUGGAAGUUGGUGGACGAUUCAUAUGGGACGUGUAUGGUCACUUUAAAGCCACACCCAUCCGACAUACCAGAACCUCUUAUGAUUAGGGGCCAAGAUCAUGCCCUCAGCUUCGCCCUCCCUUCUCGCAUCAAAAGCAAGUUUCAGAGUCUUCCACUCGCUGGACUCCGCAUCCUGAUUAAAGACAACAUACACUUAAAGGGCAUCAAGACGUCUGUAGGCAACCGUGCUUUCUACGACGCUUAUCCCCCUCAGGAAAACUCUGCCCAGUGCAUCCAGAAUUUGGUUGAUAAGGGCGUUUUCAUAGCUGGAAAGACGAAAAUGAACUCUUUUGGGAACUGGGAGGAGCCAACCGAGUAUACCGACUAUCAAGCGCCAUGGAAUCCUAGGGCAGACGGGUAUCAAUCCACUGGAGGCAGUAGUUCGGGCAGUGCUGCGGCCGUUGCUGCCUAUGAUUGGCUUGAUAUCGCUAUUGGCACUGACACUUGGGGAAGCGUUACUCGGCCCGCUCACUGGUGUGGAUGUUUUGGUCUGCGCCCUAGUAUUGGAAGUAUCUCUACGGACGGUAUUGUGCCAUAUGUCCAAUCUUGGGACGUUCCAGGAAUUCUCGCAAGAGAUCUGCAAAAGUGUAGAGAUUUUGCUCAAGAAUGGCUGAAUUUUGACAACUUUGAAAAGACACCUGAGUCAUUUUCUUCAAUUAUAUGGCCAACGGACUUUUGGAAAAUCAUCGACUCUGAGCAGAGUAGUACAACAAAAUCUAUCGCCCAACGUAUGGCUACUACGCUCAAUAUUAAGUUUGAAGAGAUUUCGUUUGAAGAGCGUUGGAAGAGUGCACCGCCAAGACCUCAUGCACCUCUGCUACCCCAAUUCAUCAAUCUGGCUACCGCUAGUCUAGCGUACGACGUGUAUCACAACAGCGAAGACUUUCGUUCCCGUUACUGGGAAAUGUUUGAACGAGCACCCUACACGACGAUGCAAAAUGAGCGAAUCUGGGAUGCCGGAAAGAACACAAGUCUCUACAACAGGAAUGAUGGAUUCAAGAGAAUUGAGGUCUACCGCCAGUGGUUCCAACAAACAAUUUUGACGGGGGACCAUACGAAUGCCAUCAUAGUGAUGCCGCUUGAAGAUGCAAAGCCAAGAUACAGAGACGAUGUCCCCGACUUCCGACGGCCGCCACAAGAUGGUAUCAACGCCCUGGCUCUUGGGCCCGUUAUGAAAUCACCAGUUCUUGCUGUUCCAAUUGCCGAGAUCCCAUAUCAUUCCAGAGUUAGCGACCGGGAGGAGAAGUUGCCAUUUGCAGUAGCACUUAUGGGAGCACCGGGUACUGACUUGAAAUUGAUUGACACUGCGAUCCAGAUCUUGCAGUCUCUGAAUCUCCCGACAGUUGUUCGAACAGGAAGAUCUAUGAACGAGGAUUAA